UGUGAUUAAAAUGCUCGAAGGACGGAAAGAUCAUUGAUUCAUUUUUUAGUAUAAACACAGACAGUGUGGAAGUGCUGAUCAGAAAACACAUGGUUUCGUCAACAUGGGGUGCUGCACAGCAAGAUGUACGCUGAUGACAAUAUGUGCUCUACAAAUGAUAGCCUCUAUAGAGCGGUUUGUGUUUGACCUGGUAGGCUUCAUGUGGACACCAGUCCUUGUAGGAGUCAUUGACAUCAUCAUCAUCUUAUUCUGCAUGUUUGGAAUUCAUCAGUACAGACCCAAAUUCAUUUAUGUGUAUGGCAUAUGGCAUAUCAUUUGGUUAGGAUGGAACAUCUUCAUCAUAUGCCUGUAUCUUAAUGUAGGAGCUCUUAGUGUACAGCAAAGUAGCAGCAUCCUCAGCAUGGGCACUACAAGUAAAAGUUGGUGGUUGUCGCACGGUUUUGGGUGCGUAGUCAACAGUACAACAACAAAGACGUUCCAACCCGAGAGUAUAACCCGCACAAAACAACUGUCCGUCACUGGGUGUGUGCUGGAUGGGAUAUACACAGAAGUGAUACACGCUGGCGUGCAAAUAUUGUUUUCAAUAUUUGGAAUUAUUGGUGCUAUUCUUGUCAAUUUGAAAUUUGCAGAAGAGGAAGAUAGUUUUGAUUUUAUUGGUGGAUUUGACUCCAACUAUUCAAGUUAUAAUUCACAUGCCCAACAGAAGGAACCCAACGUACCCCUGCAACCUAUUUAUAUUCACAGAGGUAUCCACUGAUUACAUCACCAUGGCAACAGCGAUUGGUAAUCCAGGCAACCGAUCGACCUAACGGGUGAAAUUCAAAUGUACGCUGGCUCCGUCGCUCAAGGAAGCAGCUUCAUUUUCUGGUUUGUGGACAAGUUUCAGUUGGAAUAAAUGCUCAAAAUAAAUCAGCCUCUUUUGGAUAAACGCUUCUUAAUUUAGAUCGACCAGAUUUGCAAAUGAACCACGCUUGUCAUCUAACGCCACAGAACAAAACAGCACCAAGAGUGAAAGCUGUUGAGUUAUUGACCCCUUGCACACAAGUCACACGCAGCGACUGUGCCACGCUCACUAUUUUUGUGGUCAAUAGGUUUACUUGUAAACAUCGCGUCGCCUAAAAUACGCACUUCACUGAAUAGCGCACAGUGACAUUGCCCACCAAUUGGUAAACUGGAUCAAUAUUACAAUUGUGUGCACGACUUUUGACCUGCUGCUUAGCAUACAUGUACAAUGUACAAUCAUGUACACGCUAUCACAGUACUAAAUAAUGGCGGUACAAAGCAAGCACAGCAAAUUAGUAUUCUUUAAAAUGGUGCUGCAUCAAUGGUAACCUUCCUGUACUAGAGCGCACUAGUUCAGCGCCAAGCAAAACUUGUGCUCAGCGACAAACAGUGCUAAAAAUAUAACUGCGCAGAAAUGCCAAGUCUAGACUAAGCCACCAAUAAGAGCGACUUUGUAUUCCAGGGCAUUACCUGGCAGGCAAGAUUUUACACUCUAACACUGGUCAUAUCGGAAGGUUUAGUAUCACAACCACCACAUAAAAAUGGUACAAAUAACUGCGGAACAAGUUUCAUGUCGGCCCCCUUGCUAUAUAAAAAUGUGAUAACAAUUGUGUGAUGAACAUGUUUGUAUUUUUCUACAAAAUAAAAAGUUUUCCUCCAAUUGAGCCGUGUAUAAGAUUGUGCCCGAAAUUUCAUCUUUGAGAGGGCAAGGCAUUUUUAAUUUUGCAAAGGACACUUUGAUUGGGAAACUUUAGAGAGGACAAGACUGGGGCAAUGAAGUCCUUUGUGGCCUGGUCCAGGCUCUGUGGCCCUUCUCUGAUAAUGUGAUGUUGUAAGUAUUAAGGUCGUAAGGUUGUACACAAUCGCCAAGCACAGUAAAAUCUUGCCGAGCAGACACGGGUACCGGCAAAAUACCAUAGGGAUUAAUGUUUAUGACUGGUUCAAAGCGAAUUUCUUAUCAAAAGAUAAAUUUUUUUAAGCGGGUCUGUACAAUCGUGUCUACAAAACUACAAAACCUCAGCUCUUUCAUUAGAGAUUUUUUUCUCUAACUCGCCAAUUGAGGGCACAGUAUUACAUGUUACAGCAAAGAAUAACUAGUAUUCUUUGGAGUUUUUCCCCCAAAAGCGGGAAAGCAUAUUUUUGCUGUGAUCAAGUAAUCUGCUGUAAAUAUUUUUAAAAAGUCAUUUGUGAGUUAGAUUUCAAUUAUGUCUGGUACCACGACCAGCUUAGACACAAGUUACAACUUCAAAUUCAAUUUCCCCAGACUAAAGAGACAGUUACUAUGUCACAUGAUUCGGGGCAAGCUUUGCAUACGGUGAACACCCAUACACAUUUUUCAAUAAAUGUGUAUGGCAUAAUGGUACCAGGUUCUGCUCAUCUGGCAGCAGCUAUACACGAAAGCUUGCCCCAAACCAUUUGACAUAUGUAGCAACUGUCUCUAUAGUCUGAGGUAAUUCAAAUGUAAGCAGUAAAUUGUGACCAAGCAACUGGGUAACCAGACAUUAUUCAAAUCUAACUCGCGAAUUGCUCAAUCGAAUGCAUUAAAUCUUUUUGCAUUGGUAGUUGCCUCACUUUUAUAAAUAGUUCUCACAAAAUAUAUUUAUUUUUGUGGAUAAUUUCAUGGAUAUUUCAUGGAAGCAUAGAGAAGGAAUAAUUGUUGUUGCCAUUUGAAGUGUGUUUAUGUUGCAAUUACAAUUUAUUUCAGUUUUUAUUGUUAUUAAUUUUAAAACAUUUCAACACAUAAAUUAAAUUUGUGUUCAUACAUGUGCUU